AGAGGCGAGGAGGGGAAGCUCUGCAAGGGAGGAGGCGGCGGGAGAGGGACAAGGGGAGGACAGAGUGAACGACAGGGAAGAGAAGCUAAUUAAGCAAGAGUACUCUGAGGGAAGCGAGCGAGGGCAGUGGUCCGCUAAGAACCAACCGGCGGCGGCAAACCUUCCCUAGGCGUCAGGCGGUCCCCAACCUGGGCUGGAAAGUUGCCCUGCACAGGCAGCUGUUGCACCUCAUGUAAAAGGUCAAAGAUAAAAAAAAAAAUGAAGAUUUUUCAGCGCGAGAUGCGGUACUGGCUGAUUCUGGCUUUUUUGGCGGUUGCUUAUUUCUGCACCAUCGUCCGGGGUCAAGUGGCUCCACCCACAAGGUUAAGAUACAAUGUAAUAUCCCAUGACAGUAUACAGAUUUCAUGGAAAGCUCCAAGAGGGAAAUUUGGUGGCUACAAACUGCUUGUGGCUCCAGCUUCAGGGGGAAAAACCAACCAGCUGAACCUGCAGAACUCCGCAACAAAAGCGAUCAUUCAAGGCCUUCUGCCAGAGCAGAAUUACACAGUUCAACUUAUUGCCUACAAUAAAGACAAAGAGAGCAAGCCGGCUCAAGGCCAGUUCAGAAUUAAAGAUUUAGAGAAAAGAAAGGAUCCAGCAAAGCCCAGAGUGAAGGCUGUGGACAAAGGAAAUGGAAGUAAACCAACUUCACCAGAAGAAAUAAAAUUCUUCUGUGAGACUCCAGCUAUCGCUGACAUUGUCAUCCUGGUGGAUGGGUCAUGGAGCAUUGGGAGAUUCAACUUCAGGCUGGUGCGGAAUUUCUUGGAAAACCUGGUCACAGCAUUCAACGUGGGCUCAGAGAAGACACGAAUUGGAUUGGCACAGUACAGUGGGGACCCCAGAAUAGAGUGGCACUUGAAUGCCUUUAACACCAAAGAUGAAGUGAUUGAUGCUGUCCGAAGCCUUCCCUACAAAGGAGGGAACACUCUAACAGGUCUUGCUCUGAACUUCAUUUUUGAGAAUAGCUUUAAACCAGAAGCAGGAUCGAGGAGUGGGGUUUCCAAGAUUGGCAUUUUAAUCACAGAUGGAAAAUCCCAAGAUGAUAUUAUCCCACCGUCUAGAAACCUCCGUGAAUCUGGUGUAGAGCUGUUUGCGAUAGGGGUUAAAAAUGCUGACCUGAAUGAGCUGCAGGAGAUCGCCUCUGAGCCGGACAGUACUCACGUAUACAAUGUUGCUGAAUUCGACCUGAUGCACACGGUAGUGGAGAGCCUGACCAGGACUGUGUGCUCCAGAGUAGAAGAGCAAGACAAGGAGAUUAAAGGGUUUUAUAAAUUGUUUUCCUUCUCCAGUCAGUGGGAACAGGAAGUCUUACAAGGUCAUGGUACUUUACUUUCUGCUCAGAUUAUGGUGCCUGGAAUGCAGAACAAUAUCCUGCUGAAGACUCUAAUUCCAGACACUGAAUACAAAGUCACAGUGACUCCCAUCUACACCACGGGAGAAGGUGUCAGCGUCUCUGCCCCUGGGAGAACUUUGCCAUCCUCUGGUCCUCAGAACUUACAGGUCUCAGAAGAAUGGUACAACAGAUUGCGCAUCACAUGGGACCCACCAUCUGCCCCCGUGAAGGGCUAUAGGAUUGUCUACAAACCUGUGAGUGGUCACGGUCAAACUCUGGAGACUUUCGUGGGUGCUGACAUUAACACCAUUGUUAUCACGAGCCUCCUCAGUGGAAUGGACUACAACGUGAAGAUAUUUGCUUCCCAGGCCACAGGCUUCAGUGAUGCUCUGACUGGCCUCGUGAGAACAUUGUUCCUGGGUGUGACAGAUCUCCAAGCCAAUCAGGUUGAAACAACAAGCUUGUGUACUCGGUGGCAAAUACAUCGCCAUGCCACAGCCUAUAGGAUAGUUCUAGAAUCCCUUCAGGAUACACAAACACAAGAAUCCACCUUGGGAGGAGGUGUAAAUAGGCAUUGCUUCUAUGGACUUCAGCCAGAUUCCGAAUAUAAAAUCAGUGUUUACACAAAGCUCCAGGAGAUUGAGGGACCAAGUGUGAGCAUCCUGCAGAGAACACAACCACCUCCCACGGAACCACCGACAUUCCCUCCAACCAUUCCACCAGCAAAGGAAGUAUGUAAAGCUGCCAAGGCAGACCUAGUAUUCAUGGUGGAUGGAUCCUGGAGUAUUGGAGAUGACAAUUUCAACAAGAUCAUCAAUUUUCUGUAUAGCACCGUGGGAGCCCUGGACAAGAUUGGUGCAGAUGGAACUCAGGUGGCGAUGGUCCAGUUCACUGAUGACCCCAGAACAGAAUUCAAACUCGAUGCUUACAAAACCAAGGAGACACUUCUUGAUGCAAUCAGACACAUUUCCUACAAAGGAGGAAAUACUAAAACAGGGAAAGCUAUCAAGCACGUUCGCGAUACCUUAUUCACUGUAGAGUCAGGCACGAGGAGAGGCAUCCCAAAAGUUAUCGUGGUUAUAACUGAUGGGAGAUCACAAGAUGACGUCAACAAAAUCUCCAGGGAGAUGCAGGCCGAUGGAUACAACAUCUUUGCCAUUGGUGUGGCCGACGCUGAUUACUCAGAGUUGGUUCGGAUCGGCAGCAAACCCAGCUCACGUCACGUCUUCUUUGUGGAUGACUUCGAUGCCUUCAAGAAAAUUGAGGAUGAACUGAUUACUUUUGUCUGCGAAACCGCAUCAGCAACCUGCCCAAUGGUGCACAAGGAUGGAGUCGAUCUUGCAGGAUUUAAGAUGAUGGAAAUGUUCGGUUUGGUUGAAAAGGAUUUUUCUGCAGUAGAAGGAGUUUCUAUGGAACCUGGCACCUUCAAUUUGUUCCCGUGUUACCAAAUCCACAAAGAUGCUCUGGUUUCCCAACCAACCAAAUAUCUGCAUCCAGAAGGACUGCCUUCUGACUAUACAAUGACUUUCCUGUUCCGGAUUCUUCCUGACACUCCACAGGAGCCAUUUGCUCUUUGGGAGAUUUUAAAUAAAAAUUCUGACCCACUGGUUGGCAUCAUUUUAGACAAUGGUGGGAAAACUCUAACUUAUUUCAACUAUGACUAUACUGGAGAUUUUCAAACUGUCACUUUUGAAGGACCUGACAUCAGGAAAAUGUUCUACGGGAGUUUUCACAAGCUCCAUGUUGUUAUCAGCAAGACUUUGGCCAAAGUGGUUGUUGACUGUAAGGAAGUGGGCCAGAAGGCAAUCAAUGCAUCGGCGAAUAUCACAUCGGAUGGUGUGGAAGUACUGGGGAGAUUGGUCAGAUCAAGAGGACCCAACGGAAACUCUGCACCAUUCCAGUUACAGAUGUUUGAUAUCAUUUGCUCUACAUCGUGGGCCAGUAAAGACAGAUGCUGUGAACUUCCUGGCCUGAGGGAUGAAGAGUCCUGCCCAGACCUUCCACGUUCCUGCUCUUGCUCAGAAACUAACGAAGUGGCUCUAGGACCAGCUGGCCCCCCAGGUGGUCCAGGACUCCGAGGACCCAAAGGCCAACAAGGUGAACAGGGUCCGAAGGGACCAGAGGGCCCUCGGGGAGAAACAGGUCCUGCAGGACCCCAGGGCCCCCCUGGACCUCAAGGACCCAGUGGUCUGUCCAUUCAAGGCAUGCCUGGUAUGCCAGGUGACAAAGGAGACAAAGGAGAUGCUGGCCUUCCUGGUCCACAGGGUGUCCCUGGAGGUGUGGGUUCACCAGGACGUGAUGGCUCUCCAGGCCAGAGGGGAUUUCCUGGAAAGGACGGUUCCGCUGGUCCUCCAGGGCCACCUGGUCCAAUCGGCAUUCCUGGAGCUCCUGGUGUCCCAGGGAUCACAGGCAGCAUGGGACCACAAGGAUCCUUGGGGCCACCUGGUGUCCCUGGACCAAAGGGAGAGCGAGGUGAACGAGGAGACCUGCAGUCCCAAGCCAUGGUGAGGGCAGUGGCACGUCAAGUAUGCGAGCAGCUCAUCCAGAGUCAUAUGGCCAGGUACACAGCCAUCCUCAACCAGAUUCCCAGCCAUUCCACAUCCAUCCGGACCAUCCAGGGUCCACCUGGGGAGCCUGGCAGACCAGGUUCACCUGGGACCCCGGGAGACCAAGGACCUCCAGGUGCUCCAGGCUUCCCAGGAAAUGCAGGUGUGCCAGGGACCCCAGGAGAACGAGGUCUAACUGGUCUCAAAGGAGAAAAAGGAAAUCCAGGCAUUGGAACUCAAGGACCAAGAGGUCCCCCUGGUCCAGCAGGGCCUUCAGGAGAAAGUCGUCCUGGCAGUCCAGGGCCACCUGGCUCUCCUGGACCAAGGGGCCCCCCAGGCCACCUGGGAGUACCUGGACCACAGGGUCCUUCUGGCCAGCCUGGAUAUUGUGACCCCUCAUCAUGUUCUGCCUAUGGUGUUGGAGUGUCCCAUCCGGAUCAGCCUGAGUUCACACCGGUCCAGGAUGAGCAGGAGGCCAUGGAUCUGUGGAGCUUGAGCAUCUGAUGGCCUCAGGAGACAUUUGAAGAGCAGUGGCGGGCCCUCUUCUGGAGCUUUACUUACAAAAUGUUGUCAUGUGGUUUGUAUGCUACUUUGCAGGGGGAGGCAAGGCUCAUGUCAUCGGCCGAUAUUUCCUCUAUAGUUGUCAUUGAUUAUUGUUUAAAAAAACUGUAUUUUUAAACCAUCCCCCUUUUUUGUGACACUGUUGAAAUUUUGUCCCUUUGCUGUUUUAAUUGCAUGCCAGAUAAUUUGGUCUUUUUCCAAAGGAGAGUGCUGAGAGAAGAAUUGAAAAGGAUAAGUUGAACCCCAGAAUCUCUUCUCUGUUAGAUCAUUUCAAUUUACAAAAUAUAUAAGAGAUGUGUGGUUACAUUGGAGGGAGUUGGGGCCCCAGUAGUGAAAGAGUGACUAUGGAGAUUCAUGGUUAAUGUCAUUUACCCCAUACCCAGGGCAAUGACCUUGCUGAUAAUUAAAAUACCACCAUCAUUGAGGAAACUACCUCUUUUUCAUUUAAAAUAAUCUGUUCAAUUCUUAGAUCACUCAGUAACUGGUUUCACGGGUAUUCAGAAAUAAAAGCUAGAAUAUA